GAAAGUGCGCAACCGCCUCGGCUAAGCACCAGCGACACGGCGCGUGCGCGGCGUGCUGCGACGCUGCUCGCUGGGGCCCGACGCGCCCUGUGCCGCGGCCAGGAGGUUCCGGGUUCGGCGGUUCCGGGGAGGGGGAACAGAAUGCACGACACCAGCGUCCCCCCCAGCAUCAUUGAGGGCACUCUGGGCACCGGGGUCCCUGGGGAGGAGGAGGCACCCAGACAUGGUGCCGCACAGCGGGGCGGGCAAGGUUUGGCUGAAGACGCCGAAGGUGAAGCCCUCCUCUGAGGAGAAGGCCCCUCGUGUUCUCGCUGCUGGCUCCGCAUGGACGGCGAAGUCCCAUCCCCAAAGCAGACUGUAGUCAUUAACCCGCCUUGGGUUCCAGGCAGGGUAGUGCCUUGUGGCUGGGCCUACCCGACACUCCCCCCACCUGUGUUUGAUCAAUUCGAAUAAAUAUAUAAACAUCCGAGGCACUUAGAUCAGCCCCUGUUUUGAACAGAUUUAGGAAGGAAAAGGGACCAGAGGGAGAGCUCCCUGGCUUGGGUGCUAAUAAGGUGAAGCCGCUAGAAGGUGUGAAAAUUCUUGAUCUAACAAGGGUACUUGCAGGACCCUUUGCAACAAUGAAUUUAGGAGACCUAGGAGCAGAAGUUAUUAAAGUGGAAAGACCAGGAGUUGGAGAUGACACAAGAGCCUGGGGACCACCUUUUGUUGGAACAGAAAGCAUUUAUUUUCUCAGUGUAAAUCGAAAUAAAAAGAGUAUAGCUGUCAAUAUGAAAAAUCCAAAAGGAGCAAAGAUAAUCAGAGAGCUUGCAGCUGUGUCUGAUGUUUUUGUGGAAAAUUAUGUCCCUGGGAAACUUGCUGAAAUGGGCCUGGGGUACGAAGACAUUAACAAGAUUGCUCCUCACGUUGUGUACUGUUCAAUAACAGGUUAUGGUCAGACUGGUCCAGUGUUUCAGCGAGCAGGUUAUGACUCUGUUGCAGCGGCUGUUUCUGGUCUUAUGCAUAUCACAGGACCGGAGGAUGGUGAUCCAGUUAGGCCAGGAGUAGCCAUGACAGACCUUGCUACAGGGCUGUACACGUAUGGAGCAAUCAUGGCCGGCCUGCUUCAAAGAUAUAAAACUGGGAAGGGACUUCACAUUGACUGCAAUCUAUUGUCAUCUCAGGUUGCAUGUCUUACCCAUAUAGCAGCUAAUUACCUUAAUUGCAAAAUGGAAGCAAAGCGGUGGGGUACUGCUCAUGGCAGUAUUGUUCCUUAUCAGGCUUUCAAAACUAAGGAUGGCUACCUGGUGGUGGGAGCUGGGAAUGAUCAGCAAUUUGUCACCGUGUGCAAGAUCCUGAAUUUGCUUGAAGUUAGUAAAGAUUCCAGAUAUAAAACUAACAAACUCCGAGUGCAGAACAGGAAAGAGCUUAUUGAAAUAUUAUCAGCCCGGUUUUCAGAAAAAAUGACCACCAAAUGGCUUGAACUCUUUGAAGGUAGUGGUGUUCCAUAUGGUCCAAUCAACAGUAUGCAGCAAGUAUUCUCGGAUCCUCAGGUGCUGCACAAUGGACUUAUCAUGGAAAUGGAUCAUCCAACAGUAGGGAAGAUAGCUGUUCCAGGCCCAGCUGUCAGAUACAGUGAAUUCAGUGCAUCAAAGCCCAAGCCUCCACCUCUUGUUGGACAGCACACUGUGGAGGUACUGAAGGGUGCACUGGGGUAUGAGGACAAAGCCAUCGAGGAACUUCUUGGGACUGGCGCAGUUGUUCAGCAUGAAGUCAAGUGAAGAGCUUUAACUCUAAUCUGUCAUGCUGAGUUUAUGUUGCUUGUUCUUCUCUUGGAUCCCUUCAUGUCUCCCAAGGAAAUUCAAAGGAGGAGACAUCAUUUAAUUCUUAAUUUUCUUCCUUGUGUUUGGAAUAGAUCUAACACUGACAUAUCAACUAAAGCAAUCUGGUAUUUACUGCAUGAAAGAAAUGUUUUUUGGGGGGUAAAUGUUCCGAUUACAGAAUCCUAUGUGGCGAAUCAUUUCCUAUAUUUUUAUCUGGGGAAUGUAAUUCUUAUCUUAAUCAUGAUAAUUGCCCAAAUGUUUGUCCCCUGUGAAAAGAAUCAGAUCCUUGAAACACUUGCAUGCUGUGAUCUCCAUUUGCACAUAAGCUACUUUUUAAAACAGUUUAGCAUGAAAUCAAAGUUGUGAGCAAAUUGAUGGCCCCUGUGAUUGAUUUUAAACAGAAUUCUGAGUGCAUGAGCUCUUUGUUAAUCUCUAAUUUAAAACAUGGUUGAAGUGCCUAUUGUAAAACUGACUUCUAUUCCCAUGUUCAGUUGUGUAAAUAUUUGCUUUACAUUACAUAGUAUUGUUAUGGCAAUCCCGGAGUGUGUAGCAGAAAUAAACCUCAACUGUUGCAUUUUGCCAGUUACGUAAAAAGCAUUUUCCAAACCCAGUUGAGAGUCAAAACAUAAAUGAAUGGUACUGGUCUUUUGUGAUUUUUAUUUGGUGAGGCUCUCUGUAUUUUUAACUGGACAUGGAGCCAAACCAGAACCACAUAGCUGAACACCAUGUUUGGAGGAAGUUUGGGUAUGGCUCUGUGUGCUAGGGGCUGCUCCACAUCUCUUUAAUGGCCAUGACCUCAAUUCCAUUUUACUAGGAGGGAAAUUUAGAUCCGAAUCCAAAUUUUUGGCUCAGGCCUAUGUCUAUAGUUAAAACAGAGCCAGAUUCUACCAGCCUUGGUCAAAUUCAGUGCAGUAAGGAGUAAGGUGUUACUAUUAUGAAUAAGGGUGAAAGAAUCUGGCCCAUAAUAAAUACCAAGCAAGAGAUUAAAUAAAAGCCACUUCUUCUAUACAAACCAAUUUGGCAGUUCUUCAGCCACAGAAGAAAUGCCAUGCCUCAGUAUCCAAGCAUAUAAUUUACAACUAAAGAAAACUCUGCAUGGGAAGGUUCUAAACUUUGUUGUGUGCAUCAGUGGAGUGAGGCAAUGCCAUUUUAUUCCUAGAACAAAAUAAAACUAACUGAAACUGACAUUCGGCAAAUAAUGUCCAUAUUUUUCCCGAUGUAUCGGAAACAGGCCUGGCAUUAUAACUAGCCUGUCACUUUGUUUCCACUUUAACAAACAACAUCCUCUGUAUUACAUUUGAACUUCACAACUGUAUAUUACCUUCUGGGAACAAAAAACGCUAUUACGUAACCAAGUUGAAAUGCACAUUGCUGUUGCUCGUUUUUGAAGCUCCGUGUUUUUGGUUCAUUUGCUUGCUUGUUUUGUGUGUUUUGUUGUGUUCUCUCUUUUCAGAUCUUCUCCUAAUCAUUAUUUUUUUUGUAUUGCAUUCCUGGCACCAGACCUAACACUCUGCUCAUAUGUUAAAGGCAUAAGGAGAUUCUGGACUAGUGACUUCCUAAAUAAAUAUAGAGCCAAAUGAACAGGGAGACCAUAGGGAUAGAACUAGGAUCUGGGGAAAGGGUUGCUAGGCAUUACCAUGUAAUCCACCUUUAAUUCAAGAGAAUCAGCCAGUUUACUGAGAGAAACAAUGGUUUGAAGUGAGCUUCAGAUAAAAUGGAUGAUCUAGUACUAAACUGAGUUUUGUUUAUUGCUGCAAACUAUUUCACACUAUCAAAUCAUGUUUACAAAUAAAUGUGUUGUUUUCACUUA